CCUGGAAAGGCAGAUCCUGUCCCAGUCACCAUGGAUCACCUGCCACCACGUCAGCCUCACAGUCAGAGUCUCCUGGAUGUGAUGGCAGCCUCUUUUUGCCUGGAAUUGGUGCUGCCUCAGCAUCCUGGAAUUCCCAUCUUUUACCAGAGGCCCCUCUCAUCACAUGGAAACACCAUCAACGUCUUCUAAUGUGGAGCUGUCCCUGCUCUGCAUGUGGCCACAGUUCCUCAUGUGAACAUUCAAAUGUGAUCACCACAAGUCUCCUCAGUCCCAGAAACCUUUGGGAUAAUCUCAAAAAAUGGGAUGUGUGGAACCAACACAGGAAAAAACCCUCCCGUGUGCACUGCUGCCUUGAAAGCCGCUUUGUUUAGACUCAACCCAUCCAUUCCAUGAAUGAACAUUUAAAAAAUCUUAAUAAUAGAACAAAAAUUACAAAACAGAGAGUGUGAGGACCCAGCACCCUGAAGGGAGGCCCAAGAGCAAGAGCGAGAAAGGAGAAAUUUCAGCCUAAACUUUGACCAUAGAGGCAGGAAAAAAAGGAUUCACAUUGACCAAAAAUUUCCACCCACCGGCCCCCAGAGAUCCCGGCCAAGGGCAGAGGGGACACAUGAGCAAUGACAACUCCAAGUUCCAGGCGUGGUUGUCCCACUGCUUCAGCACCUGGCUCCCCCCAGGCACAUUGUUAAGAGUCCCUGCGUCCCAAGGUCAUUCCUUGGGAAGGGAUGGGAAUACCUCAGAGCUCCCUCCCUCCGGCGCCAUUAACGCAAAUCCAUUAGAAAAUUUGCAUCUGUUGUUCCUCUGGAGGAGUAAUUAUGGGACACAAUUGAGGUGGUGAGCAAACAGAAAGAGGCAGAGAUUAAACACCGGAAGACACGUGAGGGGAUACACUGGGUGAUCCAGGGGGUCAGAAUUGCCAAGGGAUGCCUCAUUUCCAGGGGAAGAGGCUUUGGAGCGUAUAAAAGGCUCCCCAUCCCAGGGGUCUUCAUUCGAUCAUCUCGACUUCUCCUCUCCUCCCUUCACUGCUCAGCAGGCUUCGCCUCCACUCCCAUCACCAAGAUGCCCAACGGAUGCUGCGGUGGCGGAAGUAGCUACACCAUGUGCUGCUACAGCAGCCCCAAGAGCUGCAAGAGGCCAAUGUGCUGCAGCCCCAUGCAGUGCUGCAGCUCCUGCUGCAGCCCCUGCUGCAUGCCCUGCUGCAUGCCCAUGCAGUCCUGCUGCAUGCCCUGCUGCUACACCAUCAGCAGCAACAACAGCGGCUGCUGUGGCGGCAGCAGCAGCAGCGGCUGCUGCGGCAGCAGCUAA